CCAUUUGCUGACGACCACGUGACUUUGUGUUUACUUCCUCCCAGCUGUUUCUUUGGCGUUUAAAAGACACUGAACUAAACAUAACUCUUUUUUUAAAAAACACAUACAUUCUUCAUGUAUUCCAAUUCAAUAUAUCUGUAGAUUUCUCUGGAUCGUGCAGUUUUAUAACGGUUGGCUGCUGACUGCAAGCAAUACAAAUAGGAUUCUGCUGGUUGUUCUGCUCUGAUUCACAGCAUACAGCACACCUGGCCUUAGUGUCCCCCAUGCUCCUGUGUUGCCUGUUGCACUAAAAGAUAAGCAGAAGACCAGUUGUUGGGAGUUUGUGUGUCUGGGAUCUCUGCUUAUCUAGCCAUGGGAGGAGCUGUGAGUGCUGGAGAGGAUAACGAUGACUUAAUCGACAAUCUGAAGGAGGCUCAGUACAUUCGCACUGAGAGGGUGGAGCAAGCCUUUCGAGCCAUUGAUCGGGGAGAGUACUAUUUGGAGGGAUACAGGGAAAAUGCCUACAAAGACUUAGCCUGGAAGCAUGGCAACAUUCAUUUGUCAGCACCAUGCAUUUACUCUGAAGUGAUGGAGGCACUGAAACUACAACAGGGGUUGUCCUUUCUGAACCUUGGAAGUGGAACUGGUUACUUGAGUACAAUGGUGGGCUUAAUCAUAGGUCCAUUUGGAGUUAACCAUGGAGUUGAGCUUCAUACAGAUGUGGUAGAAUACGCCAGGGAAAAGCUAGAUGAUUUUAUUAAACAUGGUGAUAGCUUUGAUAAGUUUGAGUUUUGUGAGCCCAACUUUGUUGUUGGUAAUUGCUUGGAGAUUUCUUCAGACUGUCAUCAGUAUGACCGAAUCUACUGUGGUGCCGGAGUUCAGAAAGAUCAUGAGAACUACAUGAAAAUACUGCUGAAAGUAGGGGGAAUCCUUGUAAUGCCUAUAGAAGAUCAGCUGACACAGAUAAUGAGGACAGGACAGAGCGCAUGGGAAAGCAAAAAUAUCCUUGCUGUGUCAUUUGCACCUCUUGUUCAGCCAAACAGAACAGACAGAAGCAAAACAGAUACAGUAAAUCUGCCCCCAAUAUCUGUUAGAAACUUACAGGACUUGGCCCGCAUCUACAUUCGACGCACCCUUAGAAACGUAAUCAACGAUGAAACGCAGGCCAAAGGCACUCCCCAGAUAGCACCUCAGAAGCGCAAAAGGAGGAGGUGUCGACUGCGUAGAAUCAACACCUAUGUAUUUGUAGGAAAUGAGCUAAUCCCCCAGCCUGUUGAUAGUGAGGAAGAUGAACGAAUGGAGGAGGAUAGUAAAGAAGGGGAAGAAAAUGAGAGCAUCAAGCAAGAGGAGCCACCGCAAAAUCUGCUCAUAGAAAAAAUAAUGUCUUUGCCUUUACCAGAAUCUUUAAAAGCAUACUUGACGUACUAUAGGGACAAAUAACUCACCUACUGAAACACUUCAAUUUUUAAAUCUAGAAUUUUUUUGGUGUAUCCAGUUUGUUCUUUAAGUAGAUGAGACUGCCAUGGUAAUGGCUGUCACAAAAGAAGUCACUAAUUUACAAGCAGAGUUUAAUGAACAGAGUUAUAACCUAUAUAGAUUUAAAUCUAGUCUGCAAAAUCUGAGGAGCAACUGCUAAUGUUGCUUUCUUAUUUGUUCAUAACAAAACACUGUUCUUGUGGACAUAGAAUUUGUCACCUACAAGAAAAAAAAGAAAAAAUAACAAUUCUAACAUAUACUAGUAAAUAUAUAGUUCAAACAAAGCUUUGAGCAUAAUUAUGUUGGUUCAAUUUUUUUAUUGUGAUGGUCCAUCAAAAGAUUUUGAUGCUUUGAACAAUUUCCCAAAGUUUGCUUGUUCUGAAAAUAUGUUUGCAAAUGUUUUGCUAUUAUGAAUUUUUAAGUAAAUGUUCUACAAUAAUUACAUUAUGAUUGAAAUUAAA